GUAUUAAUUUGCUUAGAAUAAUAGGCUCCAGCUGCAUCCAUGUUAAUUUUGUUGUAUUUAUGGAGUAAAAUGUUUGGGUUUUGGUUUCUAUUUUAAAAGGUUUUCUCUACUAAUGCAGGGAAAGCCCAGAAUUGGGGCUCAGCCCAGGAGGGUUCUUGGCUUCAUUCAGGAACGGGUUCACAAGCAAAAGCAAGCUUAUCAGAGCAACAAAGUACAGGAAAAUGGCUGCUCCAUAGACAGAGUAGGAGCAGCAGCUCCCAUGAAUUGUUGGCUAGCUAUAUACACGACAAUUCCUUGAUUAUAUGCUAAAUAAGGGGUGGGUUAUUCAUGCGUUUUCCAGAAAAGUAGGAAGGGUUCCCAGAACUGAGGGUUCCUCCCUUUUUUAAACCAUAUAAAGUAACUUCUAGGAGUUUACAAACAUGGCAUUUGUAAACUGUCAUGCCACUGUUGGGAAUUUCUUUUUGCAUGCUACUGCAUUAUAAUUAAUGUGUAAUGAGCAGUGAGGGCAACUAGAGAUCACUUUUGUUGCCAUCUUGGUUUUAGCUGGUUUCUUUUGCUGCAUUUUGUUUUGAUUAGAUUCUGCUUUAAUCAGUGGGCCUGGGUGCUCAGAAAACAGGUCCAGCUCAUCUCCUACCUUACUACUAUAAGAUUUUAUUUAACUUUCUUUUUAUUUCUUGUUUUUAUAUGAUUUUGAUUUUUAUGUUUAAAUCUUUGAUUCAUCUAAAACUUAUUUUGGUAUAAGGAUCCCACUGAAUUAAAUUUAGGACUGCAAAAUGAACCAACUGAUAUUGGAAAUGGGGACCUCAUUGACUAGUUACAUGGGAACCAUCCCAAACUGCUGUAGACUUAUUAUAUAUUAUUGCCCCAGCACCUGAGUGCUUAAUAAAUGCUUGAUAAACUAAAUUGAAGGGAAUUUCUGGGUUUAUCAUCUUUGUUAUUAGCCGUUGUAUUGAUCUGAUAUGUAGUGUUAAAUGACACUAGGCGAUGGGUCGUGAUGAUGAUACCACAAACACAGUAGGUUUCUCCUGCAUAAAAUCUAGAGUGCUAGAUCCAGGGAUUAGAAAAGUUAUUCACUCACCAAAUAAAUAGUAAGCAUCACUUACAGGCAUUCUAGCUGGGUUCAGGGAGUCAGUAAACAAAUACGUCAUGCCGUGUAAGUGCCAUGUAAGAAUAGAAAUAGAGCAGUGUACAGGUUAAUCGAGAAUGACUAGGAGGGGAGCGCUAGCCCAAGAGGUGAAUGACAUUGACAAUUAAGUUGUCUUUACUUAAUGAGCACAAUUUCAAAUACAAAGAAAUUGAAAGACUGUGGAGGUUAAAUCUCAGAAGAUUACUGAAGGAGAAUCAUCUCUCUCUAGUUUAUGUUAUUUUUAAACUAGACCGUUAACUACUGGGCAGGAUGGACUAUACUUUUUAGGUUAAUUUUUAUAAAUAUUAUGCACACUUAGAUUGACAUGAAUGUUCUUUAAGCAAUAUAAAGUUUUUUUUUUUAAAAUAAACACAUUUGUCAUUGCAAUAAGAAACUAACGUUGUUUAUGCAAUUAAAGCCAAAAUUAUAUUCGGUCUUUGGACUGAUCAGCCAUGCACUAUUCCCAUAACUGAUCAGCCAUGGAAGUCUAGUCACUAUUUCUUGCAGUAAUUUUCAAAUAAUGCUCAAAGAAACCUUAGUGGGGAAAAGCAGAAGGAACCAGUAGAAAGGUUUGAGGUACUCACUACCUAAUUCUUAACAAUGGUAACUUUGCUUUUAUCUUUUACUUCUUAUCUUCCAGAUAAAAUUACAUUUUGAAGUAAUUUGAAACUUAUGCAAGCUUGUCCAACCCAAGGCCCAUGGGCUGCAUGUGGCCCAGGAUGGCUUAGAAUGCAGCCCAACACAAAUUCGUAAACAUUAUGAAUUUUCUUGUGACUUUUUUUCUUUUUUGGCUCAUCAGCUAUUGUUAGUGUCAACGCAUUUUAUGUAUGGCCCAAGACAGAUAAUUCUUCUUCUUCCAAUGUGGUCUAGAGAAGCCAAAAGAUGGGACACACCUGCUAUAAAGUCUACCUCACUCUGACCGUGAGACCCACCAUGUACGCAUGGAAAUGAUAGACCAGUUUUAGGAGCAUAUCACUGGAUAUCACUGCUAUGGUUUUAUUCCAUUUAGACAUAGAAUUGGUUGCCUGGAUGUGCUGGGAAUUAAGUCCCUAGUGGAAAUCCACUGAUUAAGAUGGGGAUCUCUUUAAUGUAUGCAGAAUUUUUGUGGAUUUGGUGGUUGUAUGAAGAAUAAGUGAAUUUGCCAGAACUUCCUAGUAGCUAAGAGUCUUCAGAUGGAUUUUAAAAUUGAACACACUUGGGAUGGUUUUCCAGUGAAGCACGAGCCGGUAUUUAUCAGACUGAAUCCAGGUGACGGAGGAGUGAUGAUGGACAUUAGUGCUCCAUUUUUCAAUGAUCCUCCAGCCCCACUUGGAGAACCAGGAAAACCUUUCAAUCAACUGUGGGAUUAUGAAGUUGUGGAAGCAUUUUUCUUGAAUGAUAUAACUGAGCAGUAUUUAGAAGUUGAACUUUGUCCCCACGGACAGCAUUUAGCGCUUUUACUUUCUGGAAGAAGAAAUGUGUGGAAACAAGAACUUCCUUUAUCAUUCAGAGUGUCCAGAGGAGAGACAAAAUGGGAAGGCAAAGCUUAUCUCCCUUGGAAUUAUUUUCCACCAAAUGUGACAAAAUUCAAUUCAUUUGCAAUUCAUGGAUCAAAAGAUAAACGAAGUUAUGAAGCUCUUUACCCUGUACCUCAGCAUGAACUGCAACAAGGACAAAAACCUGAUUUCCAUCAUCUAGAAUACUUCAAACCUUUCAAUUUUAACACGCUGCUUGGAGAAGAAUGGAAACAACCGGAAUCAGACCUGUGGCUAAUAGAGAAAUGUGAUAUAUAGGAGUGUAAUAGAUAACCAUACUGAUCAUUUUUCUCUAUGUCUUUUAAGAUAAACAAAAAAUAAAUAUCAAUUUUUAAGAUGUCAUGCAUACAUUUCAACAACAAAUAUUUUCAUAGAAGUCACUGAAAAUAUCUGUGGCAAAUUGCAUAUGAUUAACAAGAAAAUAGAUGAUUCUUUGUAGAUGUUUCAUCUGUAAAGUCACAGUGUUUCUCAGAGUCACUUAGUCCAGGAUGUUACAUUCCCAGCACACAGUACAGUUAUUCUUGAGAACUACAAGUGAGAAAGGGGGGACAAUUGAGUUUGUUCAAGGCCACCUAGAGCACUGUCCUGCACUACCUUGUGAUUCAGCUAUUUCAUUCCUAGAUAUACACCCCAGAAAAAUGACUGCUCAUAGAAGCUUUAUUCACAAUAGCACAAAACUGUAAACACUCAAAUUUCCAUCCAUAGGAAAAUGGAUAAACAAACUGCAAUAUAGUCAGCGGAAUACUGUUCAUUAAAAAAAGGACGCUGAUACAUGCAACAACCUGUAUGAAUCUCAGAAACAUUAAGUAGAGCAAAACAAGCCAGACAUAACAUACUAUCUAAUUACUUUUACAUUAAAGCCACUUCUAGGCAAAACUAGCAUUUGAUGAUAGAUACCAGAGUAGUGGCUGCUUUGAGUGAGGGCAGGAAAUUCAAAUUGAAUGGAAAAGGAGCCUGAGGAAAUGUUCUGGGGUGAUUGAAACAUUUUGUAUUUUGAUCUGGAUGACGGUUAUGUAGUUGCAUACAUUUGUCAACAUGCCUAAUGCUGUUAUGUUUAGAUUUGUGAUUUUAGUAUAGAUAAAUUAACUCAUUAAUAAAAUACUAUUAUAAAAUAAGCUAUAAAUUAAAUGGAAUUAACUUCAAGUUUA